UACUCAAGCGAAACGACUUUGAGGAAAAUUGCAGUAUUCAAACGUAUAGUAUAGGAGAGCUUACAUUUUUACUUAACAUCUUGUUAUUUUUUUAAUAAAAAAACAAAUCCAGGAUUUUAUUCAAACUUUGACAUAAGUAUCAUUGAAGAGCAAAGUGAUCGUGCAGAGCGAAGUUAAAAAAAAUAAUUAAAGCUAAAUACAAACUUAUGGAAGUCUAAAAUGAUUCAAGCAACUCAGAAAUCAAUAUGUUGGGAUGAAAUUAACCAAGUACAAUAUAAGUUCCAGGAGUUAACUUUUAAAUCUGAUGCAAUUCAAGAUCACUCAAGGUACUUUGCAUCCAAUUCUAAAGUUGAAAAAGGACCUGAUGGAGCAUAUGUUUUACCUAAAUAUAACCGUGAUUUGAAUGCACGUCUUCAUUGUAUCGGAAGAAGUGCCUCUUUAGACAGCUGCACAACAAAUAGGGAAAAAAUUAAAGACAGACAAGUGCAAUUUAGCUCUCAACUUACACGAAAAAGCUCAGUCGUUCAAUUAGCCAAAGAUGAUACAAGUGAUUAUAACAGCGACGAAGAGGUUUUUUCAAAUACUGAUAAUUACUCUAUGGACACCAAUGUCAACUACAAUGCAAUUUUAUGUCAUGUUACUAAUCGAAAAAUUAUUGAUACAGUUGAAGUUUGCGUAAGAAAUAAGAAAACACCAAGCGAAGGAGAUGACACCCUCUCUCGUAAUUCUUCGGAUUAUCAGUUGAGUCGACGUAUAACGCUGACAGAUGAAAACCAAAACCUCUUAUCGAAAUCGAAAGAAGAACUCAUUGAAAUAAUUAAUUGUCUCAAAGAUGAGCUGCGCAUCUGCAAAUCAAAACAUAAAAACAAGCCUGACGUUUAAAAAAUCUGAUAAACUUGUUUAUCGAUACGUUUAUCGAUUAAUUUCUGUUUAUCGAUUUAUGUCUGUUUAUCGAUGUUUCAUUUUUGGAACCAAAUUUGAAAUUGAAGACACAGCUAGAUUUCUUUAGUUCUUAAAGAAAUUUUAAUUGAUGAUGUUGGGAAGACUGUCACUUAUCAAAGAAAACUAUCUGUUUAGUUUAAGGAGAUAAAACAAAGUGGUUUCUUUAUUGGAAAAUUAUAACAAUCUAAAACUUGUAAAUAAAACAUGUGUAACGCGCUAAAACAUGUAAAUAAUGCAUGUUCAACACGCUUAAAUGUGUAAAUAGAAAAUUUAAUAGAGUUUGUUCGAAACGUCUACUAAUAUAUAUUAUAUUGUUAUAAAUUA